AUCCAGUUCUUAUUAUACAUCCAUAUGCCACCCACCACCUGGGAGACCCAAAGAGACACGAGGACCCGGUCCAGACCCUCAGGCUUCUCUCGACUUUAGUGCAGGAAGGUGACAGAAGCAACAGGAUGACGAUGAGUCCCCCCGCAGAUCGCGGCCAGGCUGUAGGCCUCAUCAUCUUCGUGCUCGGUUUGGGAACUCUGCUGCCGUGGAACUUCUUCCUGACGGCCUCAGAGUACUUCAACCAGCGCCUCGAAUCAACCAUCACCUCCAAUGGCACCUCAGGCGUCGCUGCUAAAGACUACAACUACGACAGCUGGAUGGCCUUGCUCUCCCAGCUGCCCCUGCUGCUCUUCACGCUGCUCAACUCCUUCCUGCAUCACUGGGUGAAACCUCGUCUCCGUGUCGCCUUCAGUUUCGUCGUCAUCUUCCUCCUCUUCUCCCUCAACGCCGCUCUGGUUCGAGUCCCGAUGCAGCCGGACACCUUCUUCUCCGUCACCAUGGCCACCAUCUGGUUCAUCAACAUGGCCAGUGCGGUGCUGCAGGGCUCUCUGUUCGGGGUGGUGGGUCAGUUCCCCCCUCGGUACAGCACUCUGUUUAUGAGCGGUCAGGGUCUGGCCGGACUCUUCGCUGCACUCGCCAUGCUCUUCUCCAUCUUAAAUACGAGCUCUGAAGCUAACGCAGACAGGAGCUCGGCAGCUUUGGGAUAUUUCAUCACUCCCUGUGUGGCGACUCUGGGGACUCUGCUGUGUUUCCUGCUGCUGCCACACCUGGAAUUUGCUCGUUUUUACCUGAACAAACAUCAGUCGGAGAACGUGGAGACGACACAGGAGCUGUACAGCCCCACAGACAAGAAAGUGUUAGAAAACGGCUCCAAACACCAGGAGGCCAACGGGAAGCUCUUCAAAGAGCCGGAGGAGGUUCAGGAGCCUUCGUCCGUCCUGCAAGUCUUCAAAAAGAUCUGGCUGAUGGCUAUGUGUGUGACGUGUGUGUUUGCCGUCACACUCUCAGUGUUUCCUGUCAUCACACUCCGAGUUAGGACCGUCUACCAAGGCAACCCGGUCUGGGAAAAUGUGUUCACCUGCGUCUGCUGCUUCAUCGUGUUCAACGCCUUUGACCUGGCCGGCCGCGGCGCCCCGUCUCUCGUCCAAUGGCCCUCGAAGGAGAGUCCUCUGUUUCCCGUCUCCGUGUUCUCCCGCCUGGUGUUCAUCCCGCUGCUCAUGAUGUGUAACGUGGAGAACUCGAACCUCACCAUCCUCUUCAGCCAUGACUGUGCCUUCGUCACCAUCAUGGCGCUCUUCUCCUUCACCAACGGAUACCUGGCCACCCUCUGCAUGUCCUACGCCCCACAGUUGGUGCGCUCUAAAGACUGCGAGACGGCCGGCUCUCUGAUGUCCUUCUUCCUGGUUCUGGGUCUGGCUCUGGGAGCGUCUCUCUCCUUCCUGCUGGUGAAACUGGUUUAACCACCUGAGAGAUCAACAAGAACAAAAGUCAAGAGCAGUCUUCCGUACGUACCAUUCUCUGAGUUGACCUUUGAAGCUAUUGAGAGUGGGACAAUCCCGUAUCUCAGUUGGGAGGCUAUUCCACAAAGAGCUGCCUUUAAUGGAGAGGACAUUUUGACCAAA